AUGGAGCCGGCACCCGGCUGUCCGAGCCCGCUGAUCUUGAACAACAAGCAACCCCAGCCGCCGCCACCUCCUCCACCCGCAUCUGCGCAGCCUCCACCUGGGGCACCGCGGGCCGGCGGGGGCCUCUUGCCGGGGGGUAAACCCCGAGAAUUCAACCGCAACCAGCGCAAAGACUCGGAGGGCUAUUCCGAGUCGCCAGAUCUGGAGUUUGAGUAUGCAGACACAGACAAGUGGGCUGCGGAGCUCUCUGAGCUUUACAGCUACACAGAAGGGCCAGAGUUCCUGAUGAAUAGAAAAUGUUUUGAGGAGGACUUCCGGAUCCAUGUGAUGGACAAGAAAUGGACUGAGCUGGACACCAACCAGCACCGCACCCAUGCCAUGAGGCUCCUAGAUGGCUUGGAAGUCACUGCCAGAGAGAAGAGGCUCAAGGUAGCCCGCGCAAUUCUCUAUGUUGCUCAAGGCACUUUUGGGGAGUGCAGCUCAGAAGCGGAGGUGCAGUUCUGGAUGCGCUACAACAUCUUCCUACUCCUGGAAGUGGGCACAUUCAAUGCUCUGGUGGAGCUUCUGAACAUGGAAAUAGACAACAGUGCCGCCUGCAGCAGUGCAGUGAGGAAGCCUGCCAUCUCCCUGGCUGACAGCACAGAUCUGAGGGUCCUGCUCAACAUCAUGUACCUGACUGUGGAGACCGUUCACCAGGAGUAUGAGGGUGAUAAGGCUGAGUGGAGGACGAUGCGGCAGACCUUCAGGGCUGAGCUGGGUUCCCCGCUGUAUAACAACGAGCCAUUUGCCAUCAUGCUGUUUGGAAUGGUCACAAAAUUUUGCAGUGGCCAUGCCCCUCACUUCCCCAUGAAGAAAGUCCUCUUGCUGCUCUGGAAGACAGUAUUGUGCACUCUGGGUGGCUUUGAGGAGCUGCAGAGCAUGAAGGCUGAGAAGCGCUCUCUCCUGGGCCUCCCCCCACUGCCUGAGGACAGCAUCAAAGUGAUCCGCAAUAUGAGGGCUGCCUCGCCUCCAGCGUCUGCCUCGGACCUGAUUGAGCAGCAGCAGAAACGGGGCCGCCGGGAGCACAAGGCUUUGAUAAAGCAGGACAACUUGGAUGCCUUCAAUGAGCGGGAUCCAUACAAGGCUGAUGAUUCUCGAGAAGAGGAAGAGGAGAACGAUGAUGACAACAGCCUGGAGGGGGAGACGUUCCCCCUUGAGCGGGAUGAAGUGAUGCCUCCACCACUACAGCACCCCCAGACCGACCGACUUACCUGCCCCAAGGGACUCCCAUGGGCUCCCAAGGUCAGAGAAAAAGACAUUGAGAUGUUCCUCGAGUCUAGCCGUAGCAAAUUUAUAGGUUACACCCUGGGCAGUGACACAAACACAGUGGUGGGGCUGCCCAGACCAAUCCACGAAAGCAUCAAGACACUGAAACAGCACAAGUAUACGUCGAUUGCAGAGGUCCAGGCACAGAUGGAGGAGGAGUACCUUCGAUCUCCUCUCUCUGGGGGAGAAGAGGAAGUCGAGCAAGUUCCUGCAGAAACCCUCUACCAAGGCUUGCUCCCCAGCCUGCCUCAGUAUAUGAUCGCCCUGCUAAAGAUCCUGCUGGCUGCAGCUCCUACCUCCAAGGCCAAAACAGACUCAAUCAACAUCUUAGCAGAUGUCCUGCCUGAGGAGAUGCCUACCACAGUGUUACAGAGCAUGAAGCUGGGGGUGGAUGUGAACCGCCACAAAGAGGUCAUUGUUAAGGCCAUUUCUGCUGUCCUGCUGCUGCUGCUCAAGCACUUUAAGUUGAACCACAUCUACCAGUUUGAAUACAUGGCCCAGCAUCUGGUUUUUGCCAACUGCAUCCCUUUAAUCCUUAAGUUCUUCAAUCAAAACAUCAUGUCCUACAUCACCGCCAAGAACAGCAUUUCUGUCCUGGAUUAUCCUCACUGUGUGGUAUAUGAGCUGCCAGAGCUGACUGCAGAGAGUCUGGAAGCAGGUGACAAUAACCAGUUUUGCUGGAGGAACCUCUUUUCUUGUAUCAAUCUGCUUCGAAUCUUGAACAAGCUGACCAAAUGGAAGCAUUCAAGGACAAUGAUGCUGGUGGUGUUCAAGUCAGCCCCCAUCUUGAAGCGAGCCCUAAAGGUGAAACAAGCCAUGAUGCAGCUCUAUGUGCUGAAGCUGCUCAAGGUGCAGACCAAAUACCUGGGGCGGCAGUGGCGGAAGAGCAACAUGAAGACAAUGUCAGCCAUCUACCAGAAGGUGCGGCAUCGGCUGAAUGACGACUGGGCAUACGGCAAUGAUCUCGAUGCCCGGCCUUGGGACUUUCAAGCAGAGGAAUGUGCUCUCCGGGCCAACAUCGAACGCUUCAAUGCUCGACGCUAUGACCGGGCCCACAGCAACCCUGACUUUCUGCCAGUGGACAACUGCCUACAGAGUGUCUUAGGCCAGCGGGUAGAUCUCCCUGAGGACUUCCAGAUGAACUACGACCUCUGGCUAGAAAGGGAGGUCUUCUCCAAGCCCAUUUCCUGGGAAGAGCUGCUGCAGUGA